AAAAAAGAGGAAAAGGCAUCUCGAUUGAGUUGAAAUAUCUUCAUAGGAAACAAAUCUCAAAUAUACGAAUUGGAAAGAAAACUCUUUUGUUUGUUGAUUUCAUGAAAAUGGCGCCCAUGCAACUAACCAGAGCCACUCUCUUUGGCCUAUCAAAGGCUUUGCCUAUAGCACGAUCUCCCGCAACUCUCACUGCUUCGACCAGGAAAGUCUCUCGCGUCUGCUUCGCCUCCUCUGUUAGCCACUCCGAGGGACGAGAUCCAGUAGGGAAUGCCAGAGACUCGAAGGCAGAUUUAGAUUACGGUUCAAAAAAAUGGAGGGAAGAUACUGGAGAAAACUAUGCACAAGCAGCUAAAGACAAAGCUAAUGAAGGAGCGAGCAAAGCUGCUGAUAAAGCUUACGAGACCAAGGAGAAGGCUAAAGACACAGCCUACGAUGCAAAGGAGAAGGCUAAAGACACAGCCUAUGAGGCAAAGGAGAAGGCUAAAGACACAGCCUAUGAGGCGAAGGAGAAGACUAAAGACACAGCCUAUGAUGCAAAGGAGAAGGCUAAAGAAUACGCCGAACGGACUAAGGAAAAAGUAAACGAAGGGGCCUAUAAGGCAGCUGAUAAAGCAGAAGAUACAAAAGAAAGAGCCAAGGAGAAAGCAGAAGGGGUUAAGGAGACCGUAAAGGGUAAGGCUGAGGAGCUCGGAGAGAAGACGAAGGAGACGGUGAAAGGAGCUUGGGAGACUACAAAAAAUGUUGCGCGGACUGCGACUGAAGCUGUGGUUGGUCCUGAGGAGGAUGCGGAUAAGGCACGGGCUGAUCUCGAUAAAGGCGUGGAAGAUCUAACCAAAAAGGCGGAGAAAAAAUCUGAGAAGGACCGCAAAGAGGAUGAGUUCAUAACAUUUAACUAAUAAGAGAGAGAUCUAUAUGUUGUGUUUGGUUGUUUUAAAGUGUUUCAUCUCUUUAUGUAUUGCUCUGCUGUCAGCUUAUUCUCUUGUUUUACGGCUUCAUCUUA